AUGACGUCAAGUGAAUGUGACGACAUUUCGGAUACAGUAAAUGAAAAUCUAAAUAUUGAUUCCUCGACGACAAACAUUGUAACUAAUUCAAUGGAGUUGGAUAUACUAAAUUCUUCAAAUACUUGUACUAUCUAUCUGGAUUAUCCAUAUCAAUUGGAGGCUUGUUAUGUGGAUGAUGAAAUUGUCAACCUUGAGAGUCUAUUUGAAGGAGAAGGACAACUAUUAGAUCAAAUAAUCGAAGAAUCAAGCGAGGUGGCUAUAAUUAUAAAAUCAGAAGAGUCCUCCACAUUAAAUUCAAGAGACAGUGUGAAUACCCCUAACAAUGUUGGUGAAGCAAAGGGAAACACAGAGAUUACUGCACUUCUUUCGGAAUUACGACAAAAAUACACUCAACAUUCAAACAUGGAAUGCUUCCCUCACAAUCCAACUAGAAGAGGAAACGAACAAUUUAUAGAGUUUGAGGAAGAGCCGGAGGAUACCCGAGUUGGAAACACCAAUUGGAUACGGCGUAAGACGGCAUAUCGUUUUUUCACAACUUGGGUACAUGGAUACCUUGGUGUUGGAAACCGCAAACCUAUACCCUCUUGUGCAGUCUAUCUUAUCCAAAAUACCUUUCCAGAUCCAGAGGACCACUACAUGGGUUUCAAAGAAAGUUCUAAUUACCCUGCAGAGUUUUUAGCUUUGGAAUAA